GUCUCCCACACCCAAACACAGAACCUUUCCUCAUAUUCUUUGCAUUUUCCCCCAGUAAUACCCACCACCGCCACCAUGUCUGGAGAGAAGCACCACCACGGCCUCUUCCACCACCACAAGGACAACGAGGACAAACCGGUUGAAACCUCCGCCUACAAAUCACAGACUACUUACGAAGGCGGAGGCUACAGCGAGACCACCGGUUAUUCCGCUGAGGGAGAGGGUGGCAGGUACAAAAGUGAGACCACCGACGCGUAUGGCUCAGCUGCUCCCGGAGGUGGCCGAUGCACCAGCGAGACCACUGGUUACGUCAAGGAGGGACACGGUGGCAAGUACAGCGAGACCAGAACCGAAGCUUAUGGCACCACUGAAUCCGGAAUCGAUUACAAGAAGGAGGAGAAGCACCACAAACAUCUCGAAGAACUCGGCGGGCUCGGUGCUGCUGCUGCUGGAGCUUAUGCUUUGCAUGAGAAGCAUAAGGCAAAGAAAGACCCGGAGCAUGCCCACAGGCACAAGAUUGAAGAGGAGAUCGCUGCAGUGGCUGCAGUUGGAGCCGGUGGGUUCGCCUUCCACGAGCACCAUGAGAAGAAAGAGGCGAAGAAAGAGGCGAAGAAAGAAGAGGAAGAGGCUCAUGGAAAGAAGCACCACCAUCUCUUCUAAAACCCAGCUUCCGAUGAUCUCCAUCAAUAAUUAACAAUGUAUACAUCUAUGCUUUGUUUGCAUGUUUAACAAAUUUUACUUAUUUGUUCUCUGUCAAUUAAUUAUGUGAUCAACAGUAUAUGUACAUUAUCUCAGAGUCUGGGAUUAAUGCCUGUUGAUAACAUGUUUAACAAUUAUGUGUUCUUUGUGAGAUAUGGGUGUUAUUUGGGUUUGCAUAUUUGCUCUUUUAGCAUGCCAUGUAUGUCAUUGUUGAUAAUAAUAAAUAAUAUCGUUUACUU